AUGUCUUCACAACACGCUGACCUUACAAAGACCCAAUCCCGCGCUUCGAGCACCGGCACACGCUCCUCCAUCUUCGGCCGCGCCUCUGGAUUCAUGAUGGGCCACCGACGUCCACAAGCCGCUUCCGAGAGCCAGGCGGGCGCUUCCUCGUCCCAGCUCGACCUCGCAGCCACCCCCUCCUCCGACGCAAAGGCCGGCGGCGUGCGCAAGUUCGAGCACAUCUUCCCCGCUCCCGAUCCCAGCGUCAAGCUCGCCCCGCCCGCUCCGCUCUCCGACUCGCAGCAGGCAAAGUACGACGAGAUGCUCCAGCACUUCAAGUCCAUCGACGAGUUUCCCACCUCGCUCAAGGGCACCUCGCCCAAGAAGCCGCUCACCGAGUGGGAAAAGAUGCGCAACCUCUCGCGCGAGUCCAUGAUCCGCUACCUGCGCGCCACCAAGUGGGACGUCGCCUCGGCCAAGAAGCGUCUCACCGAGACCAUCGCCUGGCGUCGCGAGUACGGCGUCGACGGCCUCAAGGCCGAAGAUCUCGAGCCGGAAGCCAUGACGGGCAAGGAGACCAUCCUCGGCUACGACAACAAGGGCCGGCCGCUCCACUACAUGCAUCCCUCGCGCAACACCACCGACGAGACGCCGCGCCAGAUGCAGUACGCCGUCUGGAUCCUCGAGCGCGCCAUCGACCUCAUGCCGCCCGGCGUCGAGAUGCUCGCGCUGCUCAUCAACUUUGGCGGCAAGAAGCGCAACCCGACCUCGAUCAGCAACGCCAAGCUCAUGCUCUACAUCCUCCAGAACCACUACGUCGAGCGUCUGGGCAUUGCGCUCUGCAUCAACGUGCCCUGGAUCUUCAAGGCCUUCUGGAACGCCAUCUACCCCUUCAUCGACCCGGUCACCAAGGGAAAGUGCAAGUUCGACGAGGCCAUCAAGGACGAGGUGCCCAACGCGCAGCUCGCCACCGACUUCGGCGGCCUGCUCGAUUUCCCCUACGAUCACGAAUCGUACUGGCCCCAGCUCGUGAAGCUGACCGACCAGCGCCGCGCCGAGCAGCUCGAGCGCUUCCGCACGCUGUGCGACUCGCAGGUGGGCGCGUCCGAGUGGGUCAUCCGCGGCGGCGAUGAGCGUCGAUCUACCGCACCCGCCAAGCAGGAUUCGGGCUACCACGAGGCUGUCUCGCCCGUGGCUGCGCGCGCCGAGUCGAGCAACGGCUCCACCGUGGUGGAAAAGGCGUCGCCCGUGUACGAGGCCGAGGGCGACGACGAGAGCCAGCUGGACCGCUUCUACACGUCGCAGCAGGAACUGCCGCCGCAGCUUGAGAGCAACGAGUGGGAGAACCAGACCGCCGUCAGCCACGAUGCCAAGCCGCACGCAAAGGAGCACGGUGACGCCAGCUUCUUUGCUGCUGUUGUUGGCGGCGUCUCGGCAGGUCUGGUGGGUGGCAAGGCGGCCGAAGUCGCAGCGCACCAGACGAGUGGGCGUGCACACACCGAGGCCCAACUGCACGACAAGCACAACCACACCCACCACGCCGCACCCCAGUCGCAAGAACCCCAGCCCGCACCUGUCUCGGUCUGA